AUGGGUAUGGGAGCUCGUGUGCUUCCUGCUGUACGCUUGAGUACACUUAUCCAUGCUCGGCACGAAAGCACUGUGUCGUCGUCCGAACCCAACGAAGAGGCACAACCAUCACCAGCGGCAAUCCGCUACCCAUACUAUGUAUCUCGCGUUGGUAUGAGUGGAUUGAGCCUCCCUGUGUAUACGGAUAUUCGGCACGGAGGGUCUCAGUGGUUCACGCAAAUCCGUAAGGUGGAAGGUGAUGCAGCGGCCCUGUGCCGUGAUAUAUUCGAAGAGUUUGGCUGGGGCGACCCCUUUGACAAGGCCAACCCGUAUUCGCAGAUCCUAGUACGUAUUUCAAAGAGUGCAGGCCCCAAGACGGUAUUCCUGCGCACGAAUUUGUCGCGUGAGAUCAAGUCAUGGCUAGAACACCGCGGCUUUUGA